AUUAUGUUACGCCACAUAUUGUUGCAACUGGGUCGUAUGAAGAAAUUCAUUUUGGACAGUUUAAUCGUUAUUUUGAAGGUUAACUGAUGAUAUAACAGCAGAAUUAUUAUUUGUGGAUAGUUUCUUUUAUUGAAUUUGUCAAUUUAUGCAAUUUAAUCUUGAAACGCCACAAAGCUAAUUGCUUAAGGUACUUAGUCUUGUUAUCAGUCGAAUGAUUCAUUUACAUUUUUUAAUCAGUACGCAAUUUUAACGUAAAUGCAUGUGUGGUAGCGAAUUAUUGGUGUUUUGUAUAUCCUGGUGAGAUGUACUAUAUAAUGAACUGUCAUAGCUUUUAACAUAUUUUGAUUCAAUAUUUGAACAGUGUUAAACUGGUGAAAUAAAAUUAAAUAGACCUAAGAGUACCAAGUACGUGUAUAGCGUUCGAGGUCUUAAAUAUUUGUUCUUGCUUUUGCACAGAUAUACAGUGAAAUAUGGCAUAUUUUACAGCAAGGAUAUUUAUACUUGUAAGUUUAGUUAAUCGAUUUCUGUCAGCGGAAAUUCCAAGUGUGACUAUAAGACUAGGGACAAUAAGUGGAGAAACUAAAAGUGUGAUAUUUCGAAAUAAACCGUAUGAAGUUGACAGAUAUCUCGGCAUUCCAUAUGCUAAGCCUCCAACUGGAGAACUGAGGUUCAGAAAGCCGGAGCCGUUUGGCCCAUUUCCUGAGCCAUACAGUGCUACAGACUUCGGACCAGCAUGUCCACAAGCUUUUAUUCUUCCUCACCAGCCCGAGGAGAAGACAUCAGAAGACUGUUUAUUUCUCAAUAUUUAUGUACCACGACAGGAAUCCGACCAGAGAUCAGGCCACGCGGUUAUGUUCUUUAUUCACGGCGGCGGAUUUUCAAUGGGUUCAGGAACUAUGUACGAUGGAGGAGUCCUUUCUUCUGUCGGAAAUGUGAUUGUAGUCACCAUCAAUUACAGGCUGGGAUUGCUUGGAUUUUUAGAUAUUGACAAUGCAAAAUCAUCAGGUAAUUUUGGUUUCUUUGACCAACGUUUAGCCCUGCAAUGGGUCAACGAACAUAUUGGUGCGUUUGGAGGAGAUAAAGAUAGGGUGACCAUAUUUGGGGAAUCUGCAGGUUCGCUAAGUGUUUCCUUGCAAAUGAUUUAUCCGCCAAAUGACGGACUCUUCAGAAGUGGUAUUUCGCAGAGCGCGGCUUUAACGAUUCCAGGAUAUUACCAAGAAAAUAACAUCGAAAUAGCUAAAUAUUUUGCCGAGAAUAUGAGCUGUAGUGUUGGAGAUAUGGAUGAAGUUUUCAGUUGUCUUCGGUCAGCAACUCCUGAAAAUAUAAUCAAAGUUGUUUCAGAUACAUUGGCAUCUGGCGGUAUGGCAGACAAAGUAAAAGUUCAACCAGGGGCUGUUCCAACAAUUGAUGGCGAAUUUAUCAAAACUUAUCCCGCUGACUUGUAUAGGAAAGCAGUAAAUGAAGAGAGCAAGGAAAUAAACUUCUUUCGAACACUUAAACUGAUGAAUGGCGUAAAUGGCAAAGAAGGUGCAAUAUUACUUAUGGUGUUCGGAUCAGAUAAUUUGGAGGACCUGGAGAUAACUCGAGAACAGAUGAAUACGCAGCAAAUUCCUGGUGCUACAGCAUUAGUCUAUGGUCAGCGAACUGUUCCUGAAGUUGUGAAACAGCUUCUGAUUGCAGAGUACACGGACUGGGAAAAUCCUGAUGAUCCCAGAAAACUUCGUGAACAAAUAGUGCGUCUUUUCGGUGACAUUUAUUUCAAUGUUCCUGCGAUAGAAAUGAGUCGCGUUCAUUCUAAUGCAUCUGAUGUUGACAGUUAUCUAUACAAUUUCGUUGCUUUCCUCGACAAACACAUGCUUCCAACACCAAAUUGGGUUGGCAUGGCAAACCAUGGAGACGAGUUAGGGCCUGUGUUUGGAUACAGCUUUGAUUUGGCAGCUCUGAUGAACAUAUCGGAUUACACACCUCCUGAAUGGGAGCUUGAGCUAUCUGGAAGAAUGAUGGCAUAUUGGACAAACUUUGCAAAAACAGGCGAUCCGAAUAAACCAGCAUCAGAUGUAGUAUCUUCUGUAGCUUGGCCAAAAUAUGACGUCACAUCACAGUCCUACAUCAAGUUUGAUAGGGAAGAUUCUAUUGGUCAAUAUUUGUUUGCAAGAGAAACCGACUUUUGGAAGAAUACUGUAUCAACCGUGUUCGAUGCUACGGAGCAUGCGCAAACUAUUGCAUCACAGUGUGGGAGCAAAGACAAGCAAACAUGCGACAAGGACGGCACAUAUGGAUGAAUCAAGACUCUGAAAUUAUAUUCGAUCAAAAAAAUAGUAUAUUUUAAAAUUUGUACAUUAACCUGACUGUAGUAAAGUAGCGAAUCAAGUCACAUUUUGUCUAAAUAACAGAAACUCGUCUUUCCACAGAAUGAUUUUCCGCUUCCAAAUUUCAGUUGAAGAACUCAAGCAUAUUUAAAAUUGUUACAUGUUUAUAAUCUCUAUGUAUUUACGAUAGGAACUGAGACGUCAUUUACUUCCGAUAUUCAGGCGCAAAGUUCGAAUCGGCUGUGGUGGCAUAUUUCUGCCACGAGAUAGCUAGGUCGCUAUCGCGAUAAUUAAAAAGGUUAUAUUGAUAAAGCGGUAUUUUCUGAAAAGAUUAUCUCAGUAGUUGAAAGUUUCUUGGAAAUAUUAUUGCGAUAAUUUACAUUAAUAUCUCGAUAUUUUUGCCGCACGUGCUGACAGGUGCUCUCUUUGCAAGAUAGCUAUCUCGAUACAUUCAGCAAUUAUCUAGAUAUUUAGAACGUUUUUAAAAACUUUAUCUCAAUAGUCUAAAGCUUCCUGGAAACAAAAAUCUUGAAAACAAUGAUUUAUUGCGAUAAUGUUUUCAGAACAAUGUACAACUUUCCUGGAAAGUUUAGAAUAUUAUCGUGGUACCUACCAAGUAUCUCGUUGCAGUUUCAAGCACUAACGCAAAAUUUUUCUCCAAAAUAUUUUCAGGGAACAAAUAAAAUAUCUAGAAAAUAUUAUUUUUUGCUGAAAAUGUUUUCAGAAAAAUGCAAGAACUCCUUGGAAAGUUUACAUUAUUAUCGUGAUAGCUACCUAGCUAUCUCGUGGCAGAAAUAUACCACCAUAAUUUACUGAGGUAUUUUCAAUAGCGUUCGUGGAAAAAAAAUCUCCAUUUAUAUAGAAAGCUAAUAAUAAUAUGUAGAUGCGUACGAAAUAAAAUUAAAGAUUAUUAUCUUUA